AUGCACCAGGGCGUCCUGCGCUUCAGCACCGUCGGGCAGAACACAGUGCAGAGAAUCUUCGGGACACGCUCCUCACUUUGGGGCCACGUGACCUUUGAAUCACAGCUUCAGGCCGCGCGCGUGUUGGUGGCGGUCAUGAACUCAGGACGUGUCGUUUCUCUCCGCAGUGUUCCCAACUCCUGCCCGGCCAGUCCACGUGGCGCCGGGUCAUCCGGCUACCGCUUUGUUCAGAACGUGACCUCGGACCUGCAGCUGGCCGCAGAGUUUGCCGCGAAGGCCGCCUCGGAGCAGCAGACAGACACGUCCGGGGGCGACAGCCCUAAGGAUGAGUCGAAGCCGCCGUACUCGUACGCUCAGCUGAUCGUGCAGGCCAUCUCGUCCGCACCGGACAGGCAGCUAACACUAAGCGGGAUCUACGCCCACAUCACCAAGCAUCACCCUUACUACCGGACGGCUGAGAAAGGCUGGCAGAAUUCAAUCCGACACAACCUCUCUUUGAACCGUUACUUUAUUAAAGUCCCUCGUUCCCAGGAGGAGCCCGGGAAGGGGUCUUUUUGGCGAAUAGACCCUGCCUCAGAAGCGAAGCUCGUGGAACAGGCAUUCCGAAAACGGAGGCAGAGGGGCGUCUCCUGUUUCCGCACCCCGUUCGGGCCUCUGUCGUCCAGGAGUGCUCCAGCUUCACCCACUCACCCUGGGCUAAUGUCCCCUCGUUCUAGUGGCCUGCAGACCCCAGAGUGCCUGUCUCGAGAGGGCUCACCCAUUCCACACGACCCUGACUUUGGGUCAAAGCUAGCUUCUGUUCCAGAGUAUCGGUAUUCCCAAAGCGCACCUGGCUCUCCGGUCAGCGCCCAGCCGGUGAUCAUGGCCGUGCCUCCCCGGCCGCCCAGCCUGGUGGCCAAGCCCGUCGCCUACAUGCCAGCAUCUCUAGUGACGGCACAGCCGCCCUCAGGCCACGCGAUCCACGUGGUGCAGCAGGCUCCCCCCGUCACCAUGCUCAGGGUGGUCACCACCUCCGCCAGCUCCGCCAACGGGUACAUCCUUGCCAGCCAGGCCUCGGCAGGGGGCGCCCACGAGGCGGCGGGCACAGCCGUGCUGGACCUGGGCGGCGAGGCCAGAGGCCUGGAAGAGAAGCCCACCAUCGCGUUCGCCACCAUCCCCGCCGCCAGCCGCGUCAUCCAGACCGUGGCCAGCCAGAUGGCCCCGGGCGUCCCCGGACACACGGUCACCAUCCUGCAGCCAGCCACACCGGUGACCCUCGGGCAGCACCACCUCCCUGUCCGGGCCGUCACUCAGAACGGGAAGCACGCGGUCCCCACGAACAGUUUAGCCGGCAGCACUUACGCCCUCACGAGCCCCCUGCAGCUCCUGGCGGCCCAGGCUAGUUCGUCCACGCCAGUGGUGGUCACACGGGUGUGCGAGGUGGGGCCCGAGGAGCCGGCAGCAGCGGCCGCCACCCCAGCGACCCCGGCCACCGCUGCCACCUCUGCCUCUUCCACCGGGGAGCCCGAGGUCAAAAGGUCACGCGUGGAGGAGCCCAGUGGGACUGUGACGGCGCAGGCCGGCGUGAUCGCGGCCGCCGGCCCGCAGGGACCUGGAACCGGGGAGUGAAGUCACCUGCAUGUCGUCCGAGUGGGAUGCUCGCCAAAAGGGAUUCUGGAGCCGGGCCCUGACCGCCGGCCUCCUGCCGCCUGUGGACCGUGACGCGGAGGCUCCACGCUGACCUGCGCACGUGCCGAGCGGACAGGGCGGCCUCCACCCGCCUGCACCCGGACACGCUCGUCCUCCUUGUUCUGUCUCCUGCCCCUGCUGUGGUUUAAAACAAAACACAUAAACAAGUUCAGACAGCUGAUUGUACGAUUCGGGAAUGCUUGUUUUUAUUUUCCUUCUCCCUCACACCGUUUUCUCUCCCAGGCCUGUGGUCGAGGGCUGGAUCACGGGCCGACCCGGCCACGUGCAGAGGCGAGGCUUCCAGAGCAGCCUUCAGCCUUGAGGACGGACAGAGGCCUGCACGGGAGGGGCCGGCGGGCAUAAGGCCCAUUGGCCGAGUGGGAGGAGGCCGGAGAGAGGCAGGACCUGUCAAAGCUCAGACUGUUGUGGGCUUUUCGCCCUAAAAUAGUGACCUAGAAAGUCUUGGCAUUAAUCGGGGGGAGGGGGCUCUGGUUUGGCUUUGGACUCCAGAUACUUCUUGUCUUGUUGAAACGAAUUGAGGCUUAAAAUCUGAGGUAAACGCAGAAGGAAGCUUGUGUUUGUGAGGUCCGCAUCUGUGAACAGUGGCUGUGGGUCUGGGCUGCGGACCGGCAUUAAUCCCGUGGGGAGUCGCCGCUGCCGUUCUGUCUGCUAACUUCAAGAAAGAUCGACGGCGCCUGGAUUGGCUUUGGGGGCAGAGAGUUGUCUGGGUGAGGAGCCGGCGGCCCUCGUCCAGAGGCUCCGAAGCCAGGAAUCCGUGAGCCCUGCGUCCUCUGAGGGGCCUGAGGCCCCAGCGCCUGGACGCCGUGGGACGCACAGCGCUGGCAUGGGCCUCUCCCACCACCACUGUCACCGAGUCCCACUCGCUUUCCUGCCGACACGUACCUCCUGCUGUGCGUCCCGCCGCCUCCUGCGUCUGCCGCUCUGGGGCCACGAGCGGUGGCCGCACCGCCCCUGCGCUCGGCUCUUGCGGACUCCGUCGGUCUUGCCCUCGAGCCGACGAGUGGCACCAGCUCCCCUGGGAGGAACCCCUGCCCUUGCAGACGCCCCUGCUGCCUGGAGCUGUCACCGGACAGGAGGUGAGCCCGCGCUGCCACAUUUAUAGCCCAGUUCGGGAUCCAGAUUAUAGUUCUCCAGCUCCCCGUGGAGAACGUUCUCAGGAAAUGUUAAGCGCGUCUGUGAAGAGUGACUUUAAACUGGGCUGGCCACCUCGGCACUGGACCCCACCCGGCACAGCAGCCCCAGGCCCCGCACAGAAGUCCAGCGGGGACAGUUUUUCUUCCUGGAAGUAGCCUGUCCUCGGCAUUAGUCUCCCCUCAGCAAAGCUGCCUGCCCCUCCUGCCCCAAGAGCGUGCGGCCCCUGGAAAGCCGCCGAGAGAAGGAGGCCUCGCGGGCCACGUCAGGUACUGGCUCAGAACGAGAGGGAAACCGGGGAACACAAUCUCGAGGCUGUUCGGGCGAGAUUGCCUUGUGUGCCAAGCGUGCCGUGCCCGACGGCAGGGCUCGUCGGUGGCCAGGGUGGGUGUGACGAGCUGUCUCGCUGCCACAUUUGCCCGUUGCCGGGGCCACGUGCAGAGCAUCCUCCUGCCUGGCCCGGGGUGACGCCUGUCCUGGCGUCCCUCAAGCCCCAAGCCAGUCGUUUUCUAUGGCACCAACCUUUAAGUGGGAAAAAAGCUCUUUUGUGAAAUCCACACCUGUUGCCUUCAGUGACGUCGGGAUGGAAUUGGCCGGGUGUGCCGUCCUCGGUGAUGAGAAGUCACGCUCUGUUCCGCAUCGACAUUUUCUGUUGCUUUAUAAACUUUGUCUUUUACAGAGUCUGGUGUGUUUGAGAGGGCACGCGGGUCGGGCGGAGGCCGUGGCACGAUGCACAUGGCAGUUCACCUCCUUGCCGCGGGCCUAACCUUUGAGGGUCUGACCCCAGGGCCUGCCUCCGGCUCACCUACUGCUUCUCCGCCGCCGUGGUCAUCGUUUACAGGGUCCUUGUGAGGGGGGUUGCCCGGGUUUGCUGGCACCAUCUACAGAGAACACGGGACGGUCGCCCACGGACACGCGUCAAGCCUUUGCCUCAUCGGGUCAGUCUGGCCCUGACCCUUUGCUCUCCCAGCUUUUGAGACGUUUUGGUUUCUGCUCCUUUUUGGUGAUGAUCGCUCUCUAUUCGGGCAGUGGUUCCAUGAGGAGGGAGCGCAGAGGGGUCAGAACGUUGGUGGUGGUAUUCUGCCACGUGGAGAGCUCGCGCCUUUUCCGCUCCUGCUGGGACCGAGAAGGAGACCCUGUGGGGUCAGCUCAGGCUGGGCCUUGGGGGAACGGCCCCUCGGGGUUCACAGACAGUGAGCUUCUGGAUGGGUUUCUGGUCAUCUGACCAGACAGCAGGCCUGGCCCCUGCCGGCACACGUCCUGGGACGGUAGCCGAAGGCCCAGGGCAGCCCGCGCCUCAAGGAGACGCACCUUACAGCACAGCGGUCUGUGCUCUCAGAGCCGACCAAGGGAUGGUCUCCACCAGCUGGGAAGCAAGGGCACCAGGCCAGACGUGACCCGAGGACUGCGGCCCUCUGAAUCUGGCCUGCCUGUGACCCACCGCAAGCGUGGGUUGUAGAGGGCGGGCCAACCCCAGCCAAGAUCGGCAGAAGUGGAAAUAGGUCAAUUCUGGCAUGGUGCUGGGGUCACCAUGGCCUCAGGGGUCCGAGGACCUUCUCUUUGAUCUCCCAGGGGCUCGAGUGUGUGUGGAGAGGGCAGCCAGGCCAAAGGUAUGCGGCUUUGGGACGGGCCCACCUCCUCCUGCGCCGUGACCCAGGGCACGCAGGCCCUCUGCACCCGGUGGUACCAGGUUCCUCUUCUCAGUGUCCUGCUUGACCGGUCGCCACGUUUACCAGCACCAGAGACAGGAAAACACCCUCUCCGCACAGGAAGGAAGUCACACAAGUAACUCCUUUUCAGUAGUGUGCGUUUCGCACCAGGUAUAGUCUGGUAUCGUGUUGGAAGGAGGAGGGUUGUACCCAGACGUCACGGUGGUGUCACAGGGCCCAGUGCAUGGAGCGGUGUGGGACACACAAAGCCACGGAGGCAUGGCUCCUGGCGCCCUAGGGUGGACCUCCUGAGCUGUCUGCAUCCUUCUUCCAUGCUGAGGCCCUCCCAAGUACCGCGUGCUGGCCUCAGACGGGCCAGUGCAGUGCCGUGGGGAAUCAGACCGUCCCCUUUGCAUCUCCUCUGUAAAUUCCUAAAGGUUACGUGGCCUGCAUCCCUCCGUGAGGUUCAGCAGGUGUCGGAACAGCCCCUAGUCCUGCCCCACGCUCCGGGGACGGCAGGACCCAUUGCUGGGUCCACCGUGCAGAGCAGCACGAGGCCAGCCCUGGGGUUAUGGGGUCUGCGUGCCCCCGGCCACGCCUGUCAGCUUCACUCUCCCACGGGCUCGUGUUUGAGGGUUGCUGUUUUUCUUUUUCUUUGUUUAAGAACCAAGCCAAGUAGAGAAGAUGAGGAGGGUUUUCCGGGUUGAUAACAUGAGUAUUCCGUGAUUCUCGAGCUGGGAGGGAACGAGUUCAGGGUGGGGGUGUUGCCACGGCUGGAGGGCGGGGAUCCCCACUUUGCCUCAGGCAGCCUGACCCCAGAGGGUUCAGUGGGGAGCCCCUGGUCCCUCUUCUGCUCCUCGCUGGGACUGGCAGAGGACUGGCUCAAGGCCUCGCGUAUCACUGGGUCCGUGCUCUCGCUUCCCUGAGAACGGGUCUCCGUGGAGACCCAGAGUGAUGGGUCUGACCCAUCUGGACCACCUGCUUCUGCCCUGAGACACAGCCUUGUCCCUGGGACGCCAGAGCCCCGCCGUUAGUGACAGGGGGCCCUCCUGCAUGUCACCCAGGACCAGAAGUUCCACGGAAGCUCCGCCCACCACCAGGCGCUGCCGUUUGCCCUGCAUUUUUACACAGGACUAAAGUGAAAAUCUUCUUGGAAUUAGUGAGACUUGGGGAUCUUGUGUCUCCGUUAUCCUAACUGCUGGUUUUGGCGCUCACCGUUUCAGCCAAGAGUGAGCGGAGCAUCUGUCUCUAGGGAGAAACCCCACAAAGCACUUCGUCCAGUCCUGGCACCUGCUUGUUAUUGGGGUGCACUUGGGAGAAGCAGGGAUCCAGGCGGGGGUGGGGGGCAGCCGCGGGCCUGCUGCACGGGGCCUGCUGUGUAAGAGCCGUGUCCGCAGCCUACUUCCUGCGGGUUCUAGUUUCCCACUGGCGUCCCAGACCGGCCAGAGAGUCUCCGGGGGGCUCUCUCUUCUUUGCUCCAACCCUGUUAUUUUAAGAGUCAAAUACAAUUGGAAGAAUUCUGGCUCCUCCUGCAUUCGGGAAUCUUGUUCUUUUGAUUCAUCCCACUAUUUAUCGAUGGUUUACUCCAUGUCAGAAACAGUAAAAGUGCCCGGGAGGGAGGUUCCUAGCCACAGUAAGGGGGCUUGCCCUUCUGAGCUGUCUCCCAGAGUCACGAGGUGCGUGGUGACCUGGCCCCUCAAUGCCGAGCGAGCGGGCUGGGCUGGAACGAGGUCUGCGCCUACGAGGUGGGUUUUCCCACACGAAGUCAAUGGGUGUGAAGGAUGUUCACCUGGCCUUGUGGUCUCUUAAGCUCUUAGCCUCUAAGUUUCUGUGUUAACUAAUCCCCAUCUUUUUCUUUUUUUUUUUUUAAUCCAUAAGAAAUGGGAUUUAAAAUCAAACAUUUAAAGUUUGGCCCUUCCCUGCUUCCCUCCCAGCUUCCUUUCCGGAAGGCUUUCUGGAUACCCUGUAUUCUUAUUUACAGGGCUCGGUUUGUAUUUCAGGAUGGGGGUCAGGGAGGAAAGAGACAAAAGUGUGACCCCGACUCUCGCCUGGAUCCGCCGAGUUCAGCCCAUGCCCUGCAGCUCGGCCCACGCGAGCUGAGAUUUUUUUUUUCCUUACUUGCUGGCAAUUCUCCUGUAAAGAUAAUUUGGGGGGCGGGUGUUAGGGGGGUGUGUGUGCGCGCGCGUGUGAGAGUGUGUUUUCUUACAGCGGCUGUCUAAAGUAUUUUCUGCAGUACACGUGAUAAUCAGUGCUUUAAAAGCAGUGGUACCCCAGACAGUGGAAACUAGCUCAUGGGAUCGGAGGCCCCGCCGUGCUGCCAGUUUCCACCACCUGUGUGCACGUCGGUCCGCGGGAAGCCCAGGGGGGCCCAGACGCCCCACAGGUGGCAGGGAGCCAGCAGUCCCGUCCUCAGAAAGACGAGAGGCCCACAGCAGCUGGGCCCGCCUGCGUUUUCAUUUCAAAUGGGAUACAGUAUUUUUUUAAUAAGGAGCCAUACUUUUUUUUAAAAGUUUGAGAUCUGAAUGUGAUUUCUAAUUGUAUCAGACAUUAAUGUUUUAAAGCUAUAACAAAGUUUAAAAAUUUCUACUUUUUGUUUUUCAUUUAUUUUAACUGUCCUUUUAUCUAUUAAAUUGUUGUAUGUGGAUGGGGAAGUUCGGUUUCUCCUCUUAGCAUUUGUUUCUAUAACCAGAAAUAAAAUUAUAUAU